GGAACGAUUCAUUUAGAAUGGAACACGAGCAUGAUGGUGUCUGCCGGUAGAAACGGAGCCAUUAAUAGAUGACUGGAAUCUAGAGCGAUAUUAAUAAUGGCUGACCUGCAACCCCAGGACGAUCUUUUGAAAAUGUCUAACAGAGAAUCGUGGAAGAUGCAGCACGAGAGGUUGCAUGUGAAGCAUCGAGGUCAUGAGGCCAUGCAUGCCGAGAUGGUUCUGAUUCUCAUCGCCACGCUAGUGGUUGCUCAGAUUGUCCUGGUUCAGUGGAAACAAAGACACGGCAGAUCCUACAACAUGGUCACACUAUUGCAGAUGUGGGUGGUUCCUCUGUACUUCACCAUUAAGCUUUAUUGGUGGCGUUUCCUGUCCACAUGGGGCAUGUUCUCUGUCAUCACCAGCUUUGUCAUAUUCAGAGCCACACGCAAGCCUCUCUCCUGCAGAACGCCACGGAUGGUGUAUAAGUGGUUCCUCCUCAUUUACAAGCUGAGCUACGCUGUGGGUGUUAUAGGAUAUCUCGCCAUCAUGUUUACCAUGUUUGGAUUCAACGUUUUUUUCAGGAUUAAAGCAGAGGACUCGAUGGAUGUAGGUGUGAUCAUGCUUUUCUAUGGUCUGUACUAUGGGGUAAUGGGACGUGACUUUGCUGAAAUCUGCUCAGACUACAUGGCAUCCACUAUAGGGUACUAUAACAUGGGUGGCAUGCCAUCCCGAAACCUUAGUGAUGACAUUUGCGCCGUGUGUGGUCAGAAGAUUUUUGUGGACAUAGAUGAGGAAGGCAUCAUUGAAGACACCUACCAGCUCUCCUGUAACCACAUAUUUCAUGAAUUCUGUAUUCGUGGCUGGUGCAUCGUGGGAAAAAAGCAGACGUGUCCAUACUGCAAUGAGAAGGUGGACCUCAAGAAGAUGAUGAAUAACCCUUGGGAGAGAACGCAUGUUUUAUAUGGACAGCUUCUGGAUUGGUUGCGGUACCUGGUCGCCUGGCAACCCAUCAUAAUUGGAAUCGUGCACGGAAUCAAUUUUUCACUUGGACUUGAAUAAACCCCUACACUAUUUGAUUCUGUUUAAAACUGUGCAUGUGUUGACCUUUUUGAAUAUUUAUUUGUAAAUUUUACACUUUAUAAUAUAAAUCAGACAGCUGCUGCUUAUUUUGCUUUUUAAAAUCAUUAGACACAUGGAAACGGACUUGUUCAGAUACACACAACUCUCCCAGAAGUGACCUACGCUGAAGACGUACAGAAGCCCCUCUAAAGCUGCUGUUAUCACUCUUAAUCGAAACCGUGCCUCAUUUUGUUUAAACGUUUAGCAUUGUAAUGGUGUGGAUAUUAAGUGGUUAUGGUUUUGUUGCGGUUGAAUGAAGCGUGAAGAUUAGAGGGGUGAUUGCCAAAGCUGCACUCAGUAUUUUUUAUUUUAUGUUGAGUUGGCCAACUUGUCAAACCCCAUGAGGCGACCUGCUCUGUGUAAAAUUAAACUAUUUUUAUGUGGCUACUGA